AGAAUAUUUUUCUUUUUUCGUAAACGGAAACGGAUAUUUUGUCAAGCAAAUUCGAAUAGUUAUUGGCUUUACCUCGACAUUUUUGUGGAAAACAAAUUCUAAAAUGUUUACGAUGUUAACUGCACUUUUAAUCUUUAUGUGUCCGUACUAUCCUUUUCCAAGUUUUAAUGGACUGUUUUUUUCUCACCAGCAUUCAGGUUCUGUUAAUAAAACUAUACUAGCAAAGCACUUUUUGGUGCUGGUUAUUGUAGUAGUCGUCAAAUUUUUAAUACUAAUUGUACAGAGAAGAUAUGGUCCAAUAUUAUACAUCCCGAUGCUUCAGCAAAUUGUAAUGAUGUUACGUCGGUUUCGCGAUGUUGUACGGAUUAAUAAUCAAAAUGAAGUGCGACAACCAGAAGCGGAACCAGAGCCUGAGCCUGUACAAAAUCCACUAGCUAAUCUGCAUGAACUUCAGAUGCUUUUGCAACACCAUAGGCGACGUAGGAUGGAAAGGGGUGGAGGUGAUGCCGAUAUAUUGGUUUUUAAUAAUUUACGGUUGAACCAUUGGCAGCGUCGCCGAUGGUAAAUUCCAGUGCAUUUUAUCUGCACAGGCGCUAUACCAAUCAGUGACAAAACUAUGAUAAAAUCCCACUGAUUGGAAUAUUAAAAUUGUGGAUUUUGCUGCAGAUAUCACCAAACAGCAGCUAACAGUAUAACAAAACACAGACAAAGAGACCAUUGCCUAGAAGUGGUACUAACAUGACGGAGUGAUAAUGCAUUGCAAGCAGAAUAACGACGACUAGAAGAAUUGGAUUAACAAACUACGAAUCUAAUUGUAUGGUACUCCGUCAUUAAAAAUUUCCUUAAGCACAGGAAAAAAAAAGAAGAAAACCACAUUUUGACCAGGGUCCAGAAGUUUUAUUAAUACUACAGUAUUUUAAGACAAAUUUAAGAGAAUAAUUAUUAACAUAAUAAUUGAACUAACAAACUAUGAAAUAAACUGCAUCGGGUUGUAUAGGAUCUGUAACAAUUGAUGUCCUCUACUUAUAGUAGAGCAAAAAAAUACUACUAGAACCACCGGCCAGAAGAUUCUCUGACAAUGCAGUAUAUUAAUAAUAAACGACACAGUAACCAGCACCAAGAAGUAUUAUUUGCUUUAGUAUAUGUUGAUAUAAAUAAUGAAGGAUAACGACAAACACAAGGAUUAUAAAAAGAAAAUUGACAGAAUGAACUGAAUCUGGAGUACGGUAAGCCUUUAAAAAUGAAAUCCUUCAAUAUAUAAAAUCCACAAAUGUACAAUAUGAGAAGUGGCUAAUAUUUUGGUGAAAAUUCCGGCAUAUUGAUCCAAAUUUAGAAGGAUGUCCUUUUGUACAAGAAAACAAAAAAAGCAAUAUUGAAUAUAACAAAAUUAAUUUUGUCUAUAAUAAAUUAAUUUUGUUGACAUAGACUCUAGAAAAAGAUAUUACAUGUUAAAUGCCUCAUAAUUCAAUAAAAAUAUAUUUUUAAAUUUUUGAAACAUA